AUGACACCGAAAAACAAACUAUCAAGUCCCGAAAUGGACAGCGGGAUUCAAGGAUAUUAUAAGGAUAAGGUGGUGUUUCUGACAGGCGCCACAGGAUUUUUGGGAAAAGUAAUAAUUGAAAAACUCUUGCGAACUACGGAUGUAAAACGUAUUUAUUCAAUGAUCAGACCGAAACGGGGUCAGGAUAUUCAGGAACGCAUUGCCCUGUGGCAAAUGGAACCGCUUUUUGAAGUGCUGCUGCAGGAGAAGCCAGAGGCACUGAAGCGCAUCUCCAUCAUCGCAGGCGAUUGUUUGGAGUUCGACCUGGGCAUUAGUAAGGCGGAUCGCCAGCUUCUAACCUCCGAGGUGCAGAUAGUCAUCCAUGGAGCAGCCACCGUGCGUUUCAAUGAGCCACUCCAUAUCGCUCUGGCCAUCAACACACGGGCCACAAGACUCAUGCUCCGACUGGCCAAGGAGAUGGUACACCUGGAGGCCUAUUUGCACAUCUCAACGGCGUUUUCCAACUGCGUGAUAUUUCGAAUCGAGGAGAAAUUCUAUCCCGAGCACCUGACCUGCGAUUCGGAGAAGGUUCUGGCCAUGAGCGAGCUGCUGAGUGACCAAAUGAUGGAUAAUCUGACGCCCACUCUUCUGGGAUCCUUUCCUAAUACUUAUACCUACACCAAAGCCCUGGCGGAGGAUGUGAUCCUGCGGGAAGCCGGAGACCUUCCCCUGAGUAUCUUCCGACCUUCUGUUAUAAUUGCCACCCACAAGGAACCUGUAUGCGGAUGGAUAGAAAAUCUCUACGGACCCAUUGCUCUCAUUUAUGGCGUGGGUCAUGGUGUACUGCGUCUGGUGACCUACGAUAAAAACGCCUAUGCCAGCUUGGUGCCCGUGGAUUAUUGUGCGAAUGUGGCUGUGGCCAGUAUUUGGCAAACAGCUAAGGAAAGAAUCCCAAGAGAUUCGAGAUUACAGCCCGCUAUCUACACCCUGGCGCCCAGUGAAAAUAACCUAUUAAACGCCACGAACUUUAUAAAGUUCUCUUUAAGCCAGCGAUCUGAGUUCCCCUUGACCAAGAUGAUCUGGUACCCCUUCGUGCACUGCGUCUCCACAACGUGGCUUUAUCCGCUAGUCGCGUUCUUUUAUCACACUUUACCCGGAUUUUUCUUUGAUUUGGCUUUAAGACUUUCGGGAAGGAAACCUCGUCUGGUGAAGCUCUACCGAAAUAUACAUGCUAACAUCGCGGUUCUGCAGCACUUUAUGCACAACAGUUGGCACUUUGAAACGAAGAGCACAGAACGGUUGAGGGCCUUGAUGUCUCCGAAGGAUCAGCUAAUAUACAACUUCGAUAUGGAGGCUUUGGACUGGAAGACGUACUUCCAGAAAGCCCUAUUUGGCAUGCGACUUUACCUGGGAAAGGAACCUCAAACCAAAGAAUCCAUCGAGCAGGGCCGACGCCUAUAUCAGCGGUUGAAGAUCCUACACUAUACCCUGAUGAGCAUACUUUGUGUCAUUGCAGCUAUUAUCUUGUGGAGUCUGUUAAAAUUAUUUUUUUGAUUUUUAUU